AUGGUCUUCAUCCCUCUCACCGCCCUCCUCUCCUCCCUCCUCCUCUCCUCCCUCGCCCACGCCGCCCCACAAGGCCUCGACACCGGCGCCGGUACGCCCACACCCGACGCCCCCGCCGGCAUCGACAUCUCUGACAUCCCCGCCGCACCCGUCGGCUCCACGCCCGUCUCCGCAAUCGAAGACGCCUUCAAGUCCCUCCGCGCCGCCAAGCACGCCGGCGCCUUCAGCGCCCUCGCCGCCGUCAAGACCACGCGAAACGAGCUCCUCGAAAAGAAGACCUGCGCACCCGUCAUCGUCAUUUUCGCCCGCGGCACCACGGAGCCGGGCAAUGUCGGUGACGACGUCGGGCCGUACUUCUUUGAUGCGCUGGCGGCAAUGAAGCCCGGGAAGAUCGCGGUGCAGGGCGUCAACAAUUAUCCGGCGGACGUGUGGGGGUAUCUAGGUGGCGGGUCCGACACGGGGGCAGCGGACAUGGCGGCGUCGGUUGCGAAGGCGGCGACGCAGUGCCCGGGGUCGAGGAUUGUGCUUUCGGGGUUCAGUCAAGGAGCCCAGGUCGUGCACAAGGCCGCGAAGCGCAUACCGGCCGCGCAGUAUGCGAAUGUGGGCGCGAUCGUGCUCUUUGGUGACCCAAACAACGGCGACCCGUUCCCGGGCAGCAUGAACGCGAAUGUGAAGACGUUCUGCCACUUUGGCGACCUGAUCUGUCUGGGGUGGCCCGUGCCGCUGCCGCCGCAUAUGAACUAUGAGGAUGAUGCGGGCGCGGCGGCGCAGUUUGUGGCUGGGUGCGUGCCGUUUUAG